ACGCGGGGCCUGCCCCGCCCCCACCCCGAUCGAGCCAGAACAAAAACCUGGCUCCUUAGGCACGUCCUUGCUCACUGGCCCUGAGGACACCCUCAUUCGCCUGAUUUUUUAAUUUUUUUAACUGGAUAGGUCUUUUUUGGUCCCCUCAGGAUAACGUGGAGAGGGCAGACGCCUUACAGCUGUCGGUGGAAGAAUUUGUGGAGCGAUACGAAAGACCGUACAAGCCCGUGGUUCUGCUGAAUGCCCAGGAGGGCUGGUCCGCGCAGGAGAAGUGGACUCUGGAGCGCCUGAAAAGGAAGUACCGGAACCAGAAGUUCAAGUGCGGGGAGGACAACGACGGCUACUCGGUGAAGAUGAAGAUGAAGUACUACAUCGAGUACAUGGAGAGCACUCGCGAUGACAGCCCCCUGUACAUCUUUGACAGCAGCUACGGGGAACAUCCCAAAAGGAGGAAACUUUUGGAAGACUACAAGGUGCCCAAGUUCUUCACUGACGACCUUUUCCAGUACGCGGGGGAGAAGCGCAGGCCCCCUUACAGGUGGUUUGUGAUGGGGCCCCCACGCUCUGGAACCGGAAUUCACAUUGACCCUCUGGGAACCAGCGCCUGGAAUGCCUUGGUGCAGGGCCACAAGCGCUGGUGCCUGUUCCCCACCAGCACGCCCAGGGAGCUCAUCAAGGUGACCCGCGAAGAAGGGGGGAACCAGCAAGAUGAGGCUAUUACUUGGUUCAGUAUCAUCUAUCCCCGGACACAGCUUCCGACCUGGCCACCCGAAUUCAGACCCCUAGAAAUCUUACAAAAACCAGGAGAGACUGUCUUUGUGCCAGGAGGCUGGUGGCAUGUUGUUCUCAAUCUUGAUACCACCAUUGCCAUCACCCAGAAUUUUGCCAGCAGCACCAAUUUCCCUGUUGUGUGGCACAAGACGGUAAGAGGGAGACCAAAGUUGUCCAGGAAAUGGUAUAGGAUCUUGAAGCAAGAGCACCCUGAGCUAGCAGUCCUAGCUGACUCCGUUGACCUCCAGGAAUCCACAGGGAUCGCCUCCGACAGCUCCAGUGACUCCUCCAGUUCCUCCAGCUCCAGCUCGUCCGACUCGGACUCAGAGUGUGAGUCCGGUUCUGAAGGGGAUGGGACGAUGCACCGCAGGAAGAAGCGGAGGACCUGCAGCAUGAUGGGAAACGGGGACACCACCUCCCAGGACGACUGCGUGAGCAAAGAGCGCAGCUCCUCCAGGUGACCAUGGCUCUUGUCUGUGUCGGAGGACAUCCCGCAGCCAGGGGCAGGGCCCAGUGAGGGCAGCCUGCUGGAUCUGCGGACACGGGGAGGGCUGGCGAGAGCCGAGAAUGAGGACAGUCCCGAAAUGAGUCCACUCACUUAGCAUUUGCUACAGUAGCUUUUUUGUCUGCUACCAACGCAAAUUAAUGUGGCUUGUUUUAUGCAUAAAGGCAAGAAUCGAUGUGGAUGGUGCCAAGGAAACCCUUUACAUUAUUUAAUAAAAAUUAAAUGCAUUUUA